UUGAACCUUGUAUCUUAGUUUGGCCGUGGAUUUGUCGAUCAACCAAACUUCGGUAAUGAGUCAAGCAUGUGAGUGGAAAAGUGAAGUCAUAAAGAAGCAGGCACAAAAAGAACGAGAGAAAGAUGUGGAAAGACGAUGGGAAGAGGUUAUAUCUAAGAACGGUGAGGGAGCUCCUGAAUGGUUAAAAGAAGCUGCUAUGAAGAAAAAGAAGAAGCAAAGUUUACAAUUGAAAGAUGAGAAUUUAGCUCCGUGGAUAAAAGAAGUUCAAAAAAAGAAUGCCGGCUUAGCAAGGAAAAUGUCGGAUGCCACAAAUUCUGAAAUUGGAAGUAAUGUGAACUAAACGACAAAUUUUGUGCGCCCUUUCUUCACUGAGGUAGUCCGAUAUUGCUUUUUGAAUGAACGGUAACCUAGAUUAUACGAUACAUCCACGUGAAUUCCAUUAAGACAGAUUAUGCUACAUUCAUAUGCGUUUAUUACUAUGAUUCAUUUUCUUGUAUAUUGUUAUUUGCAUUUUAUUUCAUAACCUGAUUUAUGGAAACGCCAGAAUAUUUGCAAACACUUGACUUUUAUUUCGUUUAUCAUGCACUGAACUUGUAAACCUGAGUUUCUAUAAACAUUCAAGUAAAUUCUUCAGUCUUC